CAGGCGGGCGAUGGGGGCGGCGGUCUUCUUCGGCUGCACCUUCAUCGCCUUCGGGCCGGCCUUGGCGCUUUGCCUAUUGACCGUGGCCGGAGACCCGCUGCGCGUCAUCGUGCUGGUGGCCGGUGCCUUUUUCUGGCUGGUCUCCCUCCUCCUGGCUUCUUUGAUCUGGUUUAUUUCGGUGCAGCUGAGUGACCGGGAUAACGGGCAGCUGCAGUACGGCCUCCUGCUGUUUGGGGCAGCGGUCUCUGUCCUGCUGCAAGAAGCCUUUCGCUUUGCAUACUUCAAACUACUCAAGAAAGCAGAUGAAGGCUUGGUGGCCCUCAGUGAAGACGGCCGGCCCCCCAUCUCAAUCAAGCAGAUGGCCUAUGUGUCGGGGCUGUCCUUUGGGAUCAUCAGCGGCGUCUUCUCCGUCAUCAAUAUCCUGGCAGAUUCCAUCGGGCCAGGCACUGUGGGAAUCCACGGGGACUCCCCCCACUACUUCAUCACAUCAGCUUUCUUGACCAUGGCCGUGGUUUUCUUGCAUACUUUCUGGGGGACGAUCUUCUUUGACGCCUGUGAGAAGGGACGUUAUGGGACGCUGGGGCUGGUGGUCGCCAGCCAUCUGCUUACAUCUGGGUUGACAUUCCUCAACCCUUGCUACGAAGCCAGCCUCAUCCCCCUCUUCCUCCUCACGGUCUCCACGGGGGCCUGGGCCUUCUUCACAGCCGGAGGAUCCCUGCACAGCAUCCUUGCCUGCCUCCCCUGCAAAAAGGAGGAGAGCGAUUCUGUCAUGGUGUACUCGACGCUGCGGCGCCCAGCUGAAGACUGAGUGUCGCUUUGGCACCUGGGACACUCCUUAAGGCACAUGUGCCAUGUGCCCCCUUUCUCGCCAGCUGUGAAGUGCGUACCCCCCAGUGAACGCACAACCCCAGGAUCAGAGGCAGUGGCUGCCAGCCUCACCUGUCACGGUGGGUCAGAAGCACAGCCCGCUUUGACCACAGGAUUAUCAGCCCUGUGCCCUGCCGUGGGCAAGGAACUCUGUUUUCUUCGACAGGUUUUCCAUUGCGUCUGUUACAGAAGAUUGCAAUGUUUAACUGUCCCUUCUCUUGUGGGGUGGCUGGUGGUAGAAGCUUCUCACCCCAGCCCUUGUAACUUAUACAAUGAGGUCACGCUGGAUGAGGCCUGUAGCUGCUUUGAGCCAUUUCUAAUCUGCAAAGAGUGAUGGAGCACUGGGAGGUAGUAAUUUAAACUGAGCCGUGUCCAACCUGGAUUCAUUCCCUGGGCAGUGACUGGCUCAACUGGAUGCUUAAGACUAGGUAGUUGUGGGGGGGGGGUCCAUCCCCCCUGCAAACUGCAGGGAAUUCUUGUUUUGCACCUUCUAUUCCCUCCUCUCUUGCCUCUGUGUUGGCAAACAGGAGCCAGCUAGGGUUUUUUGAGUCUUAUUCCACCCUAACUUGUGCCAGAGUUUGCUCAGUUCAGGAUUCUGGACGUUCUUUCCUCCCUGGAAUUUUCUUCAGCCAGAGCUGCUUCAGUUGCAGCCAUCUGCUCACAGGUAUGCAGAGAACUUCACACCCUGAAUUUGGUAAUGGGGUCAUUCAGGUUUUCCAGGCAGAACUCCUGCCUGGGAUCUUUCUGUCACCUUUUGAAAGAGCCCUCUCUGUUUUUACUGUCUCUCUGACAGCUAGAACGGAACCCAAGCAGUUUGGCUGAGAAAUAUGUCUUUUACUCUGGGACGAUAUCGAUAACGGUAUUGUUUGUUUCCAUAAAGCAACAGGCCUGCUGUGCUCUUUGGCUUACAGGCCCAGCUCCUGUGGAACAACUUGGUCUUGGCCCCUCCCAUGCUGUGCUCCAAGCACUGCGUCCCACAGCCUUUUCUUGAAGGAAGCCGGGCAAAUUCCUCUUGUUGAUGUGUUCAGAGGGAAUAGGGAAGGAGAGCCCUGUGUCACUCCAGCCUUUUUGCAACUCUGUCGCUGCUGCAGGGAUUGGCUGUUGGUCAACCAGAAAGCAUGUCCAGGUCUCUGGGAGGACAGGAUGGGCACAGCUGGGUGAUUCAGUGCCAUCUUCUGGCUGGGGAGUACGAGUGUGCGUGUUGUCAGUUCCUCCCGCCUCUUAGUCCUCCCAGAGCAGAAAUGCCCCUCGCUCGUCUUCAGGAAAAGCGAGGCCUUCCCUCUUCCCUCUUCGAAGGAGAGGGAGAAUUGCACUUUCUCCUUCUGCAGCAGGUGACCGUGUGGCCUUAGUAAUACACGAGCAGCUUUUAAACUGGCUCCUUUGACUAAGUAUUGAUCCUUUAUGACUGAAGUGCAAAUCCUUUUAAUAUCAGCUCCUUGGUAUGACGAAUAAAAGGAAUUUCCUCUUGCAGUGGGGCUUGUGGAGGUGCACUGG